AUGGCUUAUGCUGUUGUUGAUUCACUCACCCGAACAAUACCUCGAAUCCUUAGCCAAGAUGAGCACUAUCCCAUUUCUGAUGAGGGAAAGCAACUGAUCGAGUUGCUCAGCAAAGAUAUAGCUCUCCUCCGAGGCUUCCUCGAGGAUUCUAAAGAGGAAGGCAUGAGCUUGGAAACUCGAAUCAGGGACGCUGCGAAUCGAGCUGAAGAUGUUCUGGAGCACUUGAUGUACGAGCAUCUCAGUACCAAGGCACAUACAGAUAUUAUUCAGUAUGAUUUUGGUGAGCUCAAGAAUGCGAUGAAGGAGAUCAACUCCAUUGCUCAAGAGGUGGAAAUAGUGCAGCAGCAGCAGCAAGGUGGCCGUCCAGCAGCGCAGUCCGAGACGAGAUUAUCGUUAGAGACAGAAGCGCCCAUUGUGAAUACUGUCACGGUUGGCCUUGAGAAGCACGUGGAGGAUAUAAGAGGUCUUCUCUGCCGAGGACCAUUUUCACCCCAGGUCAUGCCUAUCACGGGGAUGGCGGCAUUGGGAAGACUACUCUUGCCAGAAUCGUUUACGAGGACGACCAAGUUGCCAAGAACUUUCCAGUUCAAACAAGUCGAAAAAGGACUAGUCACAGAUGGUGACUCAACGGAGUUCAAAAUACAAAAAAUCUUAGCGUUGAAGAAGUACCUGAUAGUGGUGGAUGAUCUAUGGAGUACAAAAGCUUGGGACGACAUAAGGAAGGUGUUUGGCAACUGUGCAAACUUUAACCGGAGUCGGAUCAUCAUAACCACACAAGAUGAGAAGGUGGCUCAUCAUGUCAGCUCUUUCCUGAGUCCUCACAGGAUGAAUCUCAUGGAUGAGCGUUCAAGUUGGUCUUUGCUCAAGCAAAUGGUAUUUCCAGACACAAAACUCACACCUGAUAUGAAGAAGAUCGCAAAAAAAGUUGUCAAGAGUUGCGGAGGACUGCCUCUUGCCAUCGUGAUUGUUGCUGGUAUCUUGUCCACGGUAGACAAGACUCCGAUCUCAUGGGAGGAAGUUGCGAAAGACGUAUACAGAGUUAUUGUGGAGGAUCAUAGAUUCCAGAAUAGCUUCGCCGCGAGUUAUACUAAUUUACCUCGUCCUUUGAGGUCUUAUUUCUUAUACAUGAGUGGUUUUCCAGAAGGUCAUGAGAUCCGAACGUCCAAUCUCUUCAAGUUAUGCAUAGCUGAAGGAUUCACAAUAAGUGAAAAUGAGGCUGAAGGAUAUUUUUACAAUCUCGUGAGGAAAAAUCUAGUUCUGGUCGCAGCCUACAAGUCCAAUGGUAGAUUCAAAAGUUGUCGUCUCCAUAAUUUAGUACGUCACUUCUUCGCAAUAAAGGCUGUAGAUGAGAAUUAUGAGCGACGGCUCAGUAAUUCUCAUCUUGAUUUAAGGGAGCUUGCAAGAUCGUAUGCCUCAACGCUGCGUUCUGUUAUAAGCUUCCAACGUAAUGAAAGCUCACUAUGCGGUCUACGCAAGUUCAAAUUGCUGAGGGUGUUGGAUGUUGUGGAUACAGAUGCCUACUCCCUUCCUACUACUGUGUUCGACCUCUUUCACUUGAGGUACCUUGCUUUUGGAUGUCCAAUGGAGGUUCCAUCAGCCAUAUCCAGGCUUCAGAAUCUUCAAUCUUUGAUCAUCUGUCCCAGCAAGAGAUCAAGGAAAUACAUAUACAACUCAAUGGAUGAGGCAUAUCUGCCAUUAGAGAUCUGGAUGAUGCCACUUCUGACGCAUCUCAUCUCCUUUUUCGAUCUUUUUCCAUAUCCAGAAGGAUCAGCUUCUACUCUGAAGAACCUGCUUACUCUCUCUGUGGUGAAGAAGUUGAUAUGCACAGAAGAGAUGAUGAAAUUGAUUUGUAAUGUGACAAAGCUGACAAUCACUUAUUUUGGUGGCAUAUACCAAGAAGACUAUCAGCUCCACAAUCUUGUUCUUCUGUCUCAACUUGAGAAGCUGACACUUGUGGUGAAGGAAGGUUCUCUUAAAGCUAAGCCUGUUUUCCCAGAGACACUGAAAAAGUUAACCUAG